UUCGCACUACCACUGUGGUGCGAAUAGACAACGGUAAGAUAAAGGAAGCGAGCGCACAGACGGAUAGACAGACAGACGAAAUUCGUGGGGAGGAGAGGAGAAGGAGGAAGACGACGGCACGGCACACGGCAGUCGAUGAGAUACAGGUUAAUCCCGUCUCGUUUACCUGCGUGAGAGAUCGUUUGGUUUGGAAGCGGGUCAGGCAUCGUUGGAGGUGUGGGCUGACUGACAUCGAGCACCGGGUGGGUCAGAGCGAGCUGAUUGGUACUUGACUCCACCUAGGGCCGAACCGAACCGAUUCGGCCAGUGACUAUCAAGAUGAACGUGUCCCUAACAGCGUUCCGGGAGCCGCGCGGAGUGAUGCGCAUCCUGCAGUUUGUUUUCGCCAUAUGUGCCUUUGCCACCAUCUCUGGUUACUCUGGGCAAGUGAAUCUGUCUGCCUGUGAAAGCCCUACAACCACUUUUACCAUUAGUUUCGGUUACCCAUUCGCAUUAUCGGAUGCCACACCCGCUAAAAUUGCAUGCCUAGCUCCUUCGGGAGGAACAGCACCACCUCCGGAAUUUGUUUCCUUGAGGGGUGACUUUUCUUCGGAUGCACAGUUUUUCGUAGCGUCUGGUGUACUGGCAUUUCUAUAUUGCAUGGGCAUAGUUGUUGUGUAUGGCUUAUUUGAAGAAAAAUAUCAAAGCAAUAAUAUGCUGCCACUUAUUGAUUUUGUUCUCACAACUAUCCUGGCUGUGUUGUGGCUUUCAAGCAGUGCUGCAUGGGCCAACUCUUUGACAAGUAUCAAGUCUGUAACUGACGUUUCGUUUAUUAAAAAUGACUGUAAAAUUUGUAAAGCUGUGUGGACAAAUAGUUUUUCAAGCCUCAAUAUUUCUGUUUUGUUGGGAUUCCUUAACUUCUUCUUGUGGGCUUCCGAUCUCUGGUUCUUGUAUAAGGAAACUCAGUGGUUUAAGAUGAGGCAGGAAAGCGCUGGAGGUGUCUAGACAGUGUUUCCAAUGAAGACCGUGUUUGCUUUUGUGAGUGUUGGGAGUUACAAUCUGGUACGUUUGAGCUUUACAUUAGGUAUCCCUUUGACACUCACCUUUGCUUAAUGUAGAAGGCUCUGAAUAAUUAAGGUUUGUUUAAGUUGUUUGUUCAUGUCCUGUUAUUCAUGAUUUUUUCUUAAAAUCACAAGAUUUGGAGAUGUUUUUGUUAGAUUCCCUGUGCUGUUAUGAAGACAUUAAAAAGUCUUUUUCUUUUGGAACUAAAUUCAAAUGAUGACACCAGCAUGUACAAGGCAGUAACAUCUGUACUUAAUUUCACAGAUGUUGGACUAUUCUGACAUGUUUAAUGUAUUGCAGAAGAGAUCAUCUAAUGUCUAAGAUCUUUUUUACAUUUUUUUUCUAUUUUGUGGGUUUUAGUGUAUAUUUGCUAAAAGUUAAGAUACUGAGCAAGCUUUAAUAGGUGGCAAGAAUAUAAACUCUAGCACAAAAUUAACAAUAGCUGACCAAAUUUACAUGAAUUAAUUCUGCACAAUUGUAUGUUGCAGUCAGAGAUCACCUGAAGGACACAAUGAGAAAGUUGUCUUGCUGAGAAGCCAUGUUUUGACUCUUGCUUUGUUGUGUGCACUUCUUUUAGAUAUCAAGUUUUCAAGUACUACCAAUUUCUUUGGAAACUUUUAGACUUUUCAAAUGGUUUAGAUUAUGUCUGGGAGUUGUAUUUGAUUAGAGUGUGGAUUAAAAAUGUAGCAAGAUACUAGGAUUUCAGUAUUGUCUGUGUUAGGACAGUGCCAUUGUGGUCCUUAAUACUUUCCUCUAUCAUAUUUCAUCAAAAAGUAGGUGCCAUGUGUUUUGUAUACUUCCCACCUUAUUAUUUUUUUGAGGGAAGGUAUGAAAUAAUUUUGUACCUUAUUCUAUUUUCUAAUUGUUCUCUUUGUUAAAUGUUUUGUUGAUGUGUGAAAAAUUGUGGAAUAAUUUUCUACAGUAUUAUCUUAAAAGCUAUUUUAAAUAAUGGUGUGUUCUGCCCUUGCUAAUGAUUUGCAAAUUUUUGUGAUGGUUCUAGAGCUGAAGACUGAAACAUGUUGAUGCUUUGUAAAAAUAAAAUUUGAAUUGAUA